AUGGAGGUCCCUGCGGGGCUGGCUAGUGGGAAGGAGCCCGCUGCUGCAGCUCUUCCCAGUGUGUCACAACCAAUACCAGUACAGAUCACAGUCGUGAGUGCACAGAACCUGAAAACUCUCAAAAGCAACGUGCUGAUUACGUUGGUACGUGUGGAGUACAAUGGAGCAGUCCUGGGAGACUCCUCCAAGACUAAUGUCCUGCCAGAUGGGACAGCAGAAUAUGACUUCAGCAUCAGCUUUGAGUGCAGCCCUGAUGGGCCCAACUCCUUGGAUGUCCUUGUGCAGAAACCACUGCUCUUGACAGUGCUAGAAGUGGUGCCAAAGGAGAAGAAAAAACCAGAGAAAAUCACUCCUCUUGGCCAAGCUGUGGUGGACCUUCUACCUCUGCUGCAAGGAGUGCGUUCACUGAAGGUCUUUGCUCCUUUGUAUGCAGUGCCUGCCUCCCCAUCAGAGAUGCUUCACCCCGAGGCCACGAGUGGCCUUGAAGUGACAGUGAGCACCAAAGAGCUCCUGCUCUCUGCCACCCAGUUCUCAAGUGGGAACCUCUUGAGCAUCACGCUGGAGGCAGCUUAUUCUGUCCCUGAAGCCUUCACCACUGACGCCCAGCAAAACUACGUGGCUUGCUUGCAAAUACCAGCAGCUGGUGAGAAAGAAUCACCAUUGCUCUUCAAGAAUGGCAUCCUGAAGGCUGGUGGUGAAAAAGAACCAUUGCCCCGGCCCAAAAACUGGCCCCUUGGCCCCAUCCUGGCCCCUGGUGCUCUGAACAUACCCAACUCCUUCAUUGUUGGUGGGCGCUAUGAGAAUGAGGAUGGAGAGCUCACCAAAAGCAAGGACAGGGAAUUCAGGAUGCAGGCCGAGAGCACGAAGAGAAUCGUGUGGGACACGGAAAGGCGCUGUUUCCUGGAUGCUGCUGCAGUGGCCAUUGCAUCCUGCAUCUGCUUUGUGUCCAGCCUGCAGAAGCGCAUUGCCGAGUGCCGCUACUGGCCUGUGGAGAUCUGCAGGAUGUCCGUGGCCUCAGCUGGCAAAGGGAAAGCCAGCAAAAUUGAUAAGGGAGAUGAGGACAAGCAGAUUGCCUUCCAUGGCGUGGCAUAUGUCAACAUGGCACAUUUGCUGUGCCCUGGGGUAAAGCAGAUCCGAGGGGCCUUCCGUGUCUUUAACUACGAGGACAGCGAGGUGUUUGAGAAGACCAAAAUUCAGCACAGUAUUUUCCGGGAUCUCAGGUCACAGCUCAGUCUGGUCAAGGAAGGGUUGGGGACCUCUCCUGUUUCCAAAGCUGCUCCCAGUAAGACUCAGAAGGAAGAGAAAGAUUCCAGUGAAAUGUUACUCAACCCAUCCAAAAUCCAGUUGUCAGAUGGCACAGGAGAAUCUGAAAAUGUCACAGAGCUCAGCCUUGAAGGACAGUACAGCGAGGCAGGAACGUUCCUGGUGAUGGAGAUAAAGCUGGACAGGCCCUUGGUCCCAAAGAGGCUGCGGGAGGAGCUCAUCCGGCGGGUCAAGGAGCUGAUUCCUCCCCGCCCUGCGCUGCCCCCCCGGACAGAAGGAGCCAGGAAGGUGGUGGAAGAUUAUCACAAAUGUAUCACCAGUGUUGCUGUUGCCAUACUGAGGGAAUACCAUGAGCUUUUUGGGAAGCAGCAGGCUGACCAGGGAGUGAUGGACCAUGAAACCCUGGAGGACCAAAAGCGUCAGCUCAACUACGAGCUCAAUACCUCUGGGAAAUAUUUUGCUUUUAAAGAACAGCUUAAGUAUUCUGUGGUGAAGAUUGUGAGGGAGAAAUACCUGAAGACCACGGCAUUUGAGACCAAGGAACAGCUCCAGGCAUUCCUCAGUGAGCUCUAUGUGUACCUCGUGGACCACAUGCACAUUGCCCUGAACAAGCUCCUGUCUGGGGAAGAUGUUUCUCCUGCCCCUCCAUCCUGUGCAACCAGGAAGCAGCUCUGGCUCUUUGCUCGUGAAGCUGAAGCCAACAAGGACUUCAAACUGGCUUCUCUCUUCUACAAACAGAGAAUAGCUCGGGACCAGCGCAGCAUCCAGUCCUGGCUGGACUAUGGAGCCUUCUGCCUCCUGUACGAGGACGCCACCAAAGCCCAGGAAUGCUUCCAGCAGGCCAUUUGUCUGGACCCCCAGCACAUCCAAAGCUUGCUGCUCUGUGGGAUUGCAGCUGUCAAGCUGCAGCACUAUGAAGAAGCAGAGAUUUUCUUUGAGGAUGCCUGCUGCUUGGAGCCAUCCAGCAUCAUAGCCUGGACCCUCUCAGGUUUGUUUUAUGAGACACAGAAUAAUUAUAUUCAGGCAGAAAGGAAUUUCCGUGAGGCUAAGAAGCUUCUGCGAGCACAGCUUGAGGAGGAGGCGAGAAUCCUUGAGGCUGCUGAGGGAGAAGGGAAAAAGCCCAGUUCUCCCAGCACAGACCCAGAGACGAUUCCAUAUGUCUCAGCUGACAAAUCACCAGAGGUCAUGGAGGGUAUGACAUCCAAGGAGGAGGCUACAGUACUGCAGGAAGCCCCAGAAACAUAUUUUCUUGCAGCACCAUGUCCUGCUCCAGGACCUCAGCCACCUCCCUGCACAAUCUUCAUGAAGACAGUGGAAUUCCUGAUGAAAGUCAAUGCUAUCCAGUUUGUUCACAAGGCACUGGCCCACGAGCUGCUGAGCCUACAGGGAGGCCCCACCUGUGCCUAUUAUCUGGCACUGGCCUGGACCUACAUGCUGCAGGAAGACUUCCCCAGAUGUGAGGAAUGUCUGUGCGAGGCUGUUCAGAUUGACCCCAUGAACCCAAAUGCCUGGGCUCAGAAAGGGCACCUGUGCUACCUGCAGAAGGACUUUGACAAUGCAAAGGAUUGCUAUGAGCGAGUCAUCAGCUUUGUGGAGGAUGCUGUGGAUAUGCACUUUGUCUACCUGCGCCUGGGCUCCAUCUACCUGGAAGAAAAAGAGUAUGGCCGGGCCAAGCAGAUCUACCUGCUCGCCUGUGACAACUCUGCCUCCUGUCUCACCUGGCUGGGCGUGGGCAUCGCUUGCUACAGGCUGGAAGAGAUGCUGGAAGCAGAAGAUGCUCUCUCUGAAGCCAAUGCCCUAAAUAACACCAAUGCUGAAGUGUGGGGAUAUCUUGCCCUCAUCUGCCUGCAGGGCGGGCGGCAGCUGGAGGCAGAGCAGUGCUACAAAUACACCAUUAAGCUCGGCCUGCAGAACGAAGCGCUGCUGCGGGAGAUCCGCGCCGCCCAGCACCGCUUCGGUUUCGGCGACCCUUCGCUCUGA